UGUAGUACGGUGCGGUUCGCCUGUAAGUUGUGCUGAAUGUGGUGGGAAAUGGAUGGUGAAAACCAAAAGAUUAGCGAGCAGGCGCUCAAUACGGCGGAUAUUUACAAGGGGCUUUCCCUGCCGAAACGUAUCGAUAGUCCUUAUCAAUUCACGGGAUAUGGGUCGCAACAGGAUGGACGGAACCCCAUAUAUCGUACCUCGAAUGCUGACUACGGCUACUAUCCACCAUGUCCACAUACCGUACCGCACAAAUACUUUCCAAAAUCCCACAAAUUCACCGGCCAUCUCUACCAGUGCGGCAUGUUUCGAAACUACUCGCUUAAUACCGCCGUGGAUCGUCCGUAUUGCAAAUUUAACGAAUAAUUUGUAUCGGUAUUUGCUGAAGUUAAAAACAUUUUGCUUAUAUCACUUUUGGUAAUAUCUGCCAGU